CGGCGAGGCUGGGACCGGCCGUCCGCUGGCACCGCAACACGGGACCCCUGCCGUGCCGCUCCAGAGAUGAAGGCUCUGCCAAGCAAAGGAUGUGUCUGAGCUGCAGCAGAUAGCCUUAGAGACCUGUUGGAGGCAUCUGGGAGGAAGUAGAGCUUCUGAUGGAGAUGGCACAGUAGUCCUUACCUUGGAGGCAAGGUGAAAGAACACAGAAAAGAAGAUGGAUUGGGGAACUCUGCAGACUGUUCUGGGAGGUGUAAAUAAACACUCCACCAGCAUUGGCAAGAUAUGGCUCACAGUCCUGUUCAUCUUCCGUAUCAUGAUCCUGGUUGUGGCUGCGGAGAGAGUCUGGGGAGAUGAACAACAAGAUUUUGUCUGCAAUACACUUCAACCUGGUUGCAAGAAUGUUUGCUAUGAUCACUUUUUCCCCAUCUCUCACAUCAGACUCUGGGCCCUGCAGCUGAUCUUCGUUUCCACCCCUGCACUGCUGGUGGCCAUGCAUGUGGCUUACAGGAGGCACGAGAAGAAAAGGCAGUUCAGAAAGGGAGACCAGAAAUGCGAGUAUAAGGACAUUGAAGAGAUCAGAACCCAGAAGUUUCGUAUUGAGGGCACCCUGUGGUGGACGUACACUUGCAGCAUCUUCUUCAGAUUGGUCUUUGAAGCGGUCUUCAUGUAUGCAUUCUAUUUCAUGUAUGAUGGGUUCCGAAUGCCUCGCUUAAUGAAAUGUAGUGCUUGGCCCUGCCCCAACACAGUAGACUGCUUUGUUUCUCGACCUACUGAAAAGACAGUGUUCACUAUUUUCAUGAUUGCUGUGUCCAGCAUUUGCAUUCUUUUAAAUGUGGCUGAAUUAUGUUAUUUACUGACAAAAUUUUUUCUCAGAAGGUCUAGAAAAGCUGGAAAUCAGAAACACCACCCCAACCAUGAGAAUAAAGAAGAAACCAAACAAAAUGAAAUGAAUGAGUUAAUAUCUGAUAGCUGUCAGAACACAGUUAUAGGAUUCACAAGUAGCUAAGGUGGUGUCAGUGCUGGUAUUCACUCUGAAAAGGGUGAAUGUUCUUUGUCUAAUGGCUGCAAAUAAAAUUUGUUAUACUAAACAGCUUCUGUUGGGGAAGAUUUAGAUGUGUAGUGACAGGUGUCAGCUAUGCACCUGUUGAGGAAAAAAAAAAGGCAGCUUAAACAUUUGA